AUGAAUCUGGAGGAGAAGAGUGUUGGUGGCAGCCAAUCACACCCUCCAGAGCCCGUGAAAGUGCCCUCUGCCCCCGAUGGUGGUGCCCUAGCCUGGCUUCACGUCUUCUUCGGCCACAUGGUAUUCUUCAACACACUAGGCAUGACCAACAGCUACGGUGUCUUCGAGCAAUACUACACCGAAACCCUUGGUCACUCGCCCAGUAAUGUUGCUUGGAUCGGAGGCAUUCAGUUUUUUUUACUCUUCGGCACUGGCGUCGUCUCUGGACGCGCCACUGAUGCAGGCUACUUUCGAGAUCAUUUCUUCGGAAUCUUUCUAACCCAAGCGGUCUGUUUUGGACUUGGGUCUGGCCUGGUUUUCACCCCCGGUAUCUCGGUGACGAGUUCGUAUUUCAAACACCGACGCACGCUCGCGAUGGGUAUCGUUGCCGCCGGUGGUGCAACCGGUGGCAUGGUAUAUCCUGCGGUAACUAGCACAUUACUAUCUAACUCCCACGUCGGCUUUGGGGGUACAAUGCGCGUACUCGGUCUGAUCAUGCUAGUUACACACAUCCCAUCCGUCAUCGGCUAUCGACCCUAUGUCCCUCCCCACCCAGCACCCCUGAUUGACUGGAGUGCAUUCCGGGAAAAAUCAUUCCUAUUCUUCACUGCCAGCAUGUCUUUUACCUUCUGGGGUUUGUACAUGGCCUUCUUCUACCUAGGCACCUUUGCGCGGGAGAAGAUUGCCCUCACUGGUUCACUCAACCUCGUCAUUGUCCUGAACGGAGUCGGGGUCAUUGGCCGAAUGGUUCCCAAUCUCAUCGCCCAUCGAUUUAUUGGAACCAACAAUAUGAAUAUUUUUUGUAAUAUUGUAUGCUUUGUAUGCAUUUAUUGCUGGAUGGCGGUCCGUAAUGCCCCGGGGCUUUAUGUCUGGACUGUCAUUUACGGAAUCUUUGCGGGCGCUGCGCAGGCGCUUUUCCCAACCAUGGCCACGCAUCAGACAACCGAUCCUCAAAAAGUCGGCACUAGGACUGGAAUGGUAUUCACGGUUGUUAGCUUCUUCUGUUUGACCGCGCCAGCAAUUGAGGGAGUGCUCAUAGAGAUUGAUGGCAAUCAAUAUACGGGAGCGCAAGCCUUUGCCGGUACCAGCGUUGCUUUGGGGGUUGUCUUUCUGGUGUUGAAUCACGAUCUGACGUAUCAUCUCCCCGGCCACAUAUUCACAAUCUGCCUACGACUCUAUAGUAGAUGUGAUGGAGAGGAGUACAUAUGCCUGGACCUCUACGGCCGCGCAACAAUACCGAAAGACCUCGGAGACUCGGCACCUGGGGGGUGCAAGAAGUGCCGCCAAGACACAGUAGAUCUCUUUACCCCAUACAUAGAUCACUACCCCGUGGGGAAACGGAUCAUCCCACCUCUCAUGUUCUUAAAUGGCAGCAACAUCCUCGCAGGCUGCUGGCUGUAUAUGCUGGCGUUCGCUAGAGCUGACUACUGCUCCCCGUCCUACCUGUCCUCGACCAUUAGCAUCCCCGAAAAUGGAGUCAUCGAGAGUAUAUCGGCAAGUACCGUCACCAAUUAUACCUAUAGCAGUAGCCAAUCAAUCGAUUUCUGCAACGUGACCGUCACGUAUACGCAUCCCGGUUGGAAUGACACGAUCCAUAUUACCCUCUGGCUGCCACCACGGAGCAAUUGGAACGGCCGUUUCCAAGGCACCGGCGGUGGUGGCUGGGCAGGUGAUUCUGGGGUUGGGCCACUUGCCGAGGGCGUAGCUAGUGGUUAUUCGACUGCUGAAACAGAUACCGGGCAUGAUCCCGACCUUACAACAAGCACCUCCUGGUAUUUAACCGCGGAGGGGAAGUUGAAUAUACCACUCUUCGAGGACUACGCAUCUAUCGCAUACAAUGACCUAGCUGUUGUUGGAAAACUGCUGAGUAAAAAGUACUACGGCAAGGAACCCGUGUAUUCAUAUUGGAACGGCUGUUCAACCGGCGGAAGACAAGGACUGGUACUGGCCCAAAAUUAUCCAACGGCCUUCAAUGGCAUUUACGCUGGAUCCCCGGCUAUCAAUUUCCCACAGCUCAGUGUAGCUGUUUACUGGCCGCAAUUUGCCAUGAACUCUCUCAAUCAUUAUCCGCCGUCAUGCGUUCUGGAUUACUUUACGGAUGCAGUUACUGCCGCCUGUGAUGAUCUUGAUGGCGUCAAGGAUGGGGUUAUUGCAGCGCUUCCCCUGUGUCAUUUCGAUGCUUACACGCUUGUGAAUCGGACUGUAAUCUGCAACGGCACGUCGAUCACCAUCACUGAACAGGAUGCUGAGAUUGUCUAUAAGAGCUGGCAAGGGGCUCGAAGACCGGAUGGCUCUUUUCUCUGGUACGGAGUCAACCCCGGGUCAAACCUGAAUGUUGACACCGGCACUACAUGUACGGGAUCUGUAACGAAUUGCACAGGAUCUCCCUUUCCCAUUGGUCCCGAUUGGAUUCAACACUGGGUUCUCGAUGACCCCGAUUUUGACAUCAUGUCUAUGACCUGGAGCCAAUACAGCGAAAUUUUCGCCAAAUCUGUCUCUGAGUACGAGAGUAUUAUUGGAAGCAACAACCCGGAUCUCUCAGCUUUCAAGAACGCUGGUGGAAAGAUUGUCCACUGGCAUGGCAGUGCCGAUUAUCUGAUUCCGACAGGCGGCUCGAUCAACUAUUACCGGCGGGUAUUGGCCAUUGACCCUAAUGUCGCAGACUUCUACCGCUUCUUCCUGGCCCCUGGCGUCGGACAUUGUGGUGGUGGUAAUGGGGCAGUACCAACAAAUCCAUUCGAGGCCGUUGUCAGCUGGGUUGAAAACAACACGGUUCCUGUUGUUCUGCCUGCUUCGAAUGCUAAUAGUACGCGGAACUUGUGCUUAUAUCCCUUGGUGUCGGUGUACAAUGGAGGGGAUACGUCGCUUGCAAGCUCGUUUUCAUGUCAGCCUCAUUGGUGA